UUUAUAUUUAUAAAAUUUUAAGGAGACAAUAUAUACGUUAGAAAAAUGAGCAGUUCAAGCAGACAAAAUAUUUCCGUGUUGUAUGAGAGAACCAUUGCUGGAAGGGAUAGAGCAAAGAAGGAAAACAAUUCCUCUGCUUCGCAAUCGGUACUAGGCCCAUCUGGAGUGCUGAGCCAGUCUAACUUUCAUAAGAGAGUUAGCAAUUAUAAGACUGGGCAACAGAAUUUUACCAUGAGGAGGUUCGGAACUGAAAUUACUAACACAUCUUCUGCUUCUGUACUUCAUCAUGAAGCUGUGAAGAAGACUAAUGGGCUUAAGAAUAAAUUUCUGGACAAGCAGCUUCCUCUAGGAAAGAGAGAAGGACUGAAGUCUAACUGUAGCAAGGCAGCUCCAUUUGCUCAGCAAAAUUGGGCAAAGACCAUUGCUAAAAAUGCUCCAGAUGAUAUUGAAAUGGAGGAAGAACAAGAAAUUGAGGAAGUCAAAAUGUGCGAAGAGGACAAGGAAGAAAAACUUGUCCAAGACACAAAAGAGAUUAAAGCUCAACGGCGAAAAGCCAUCCUAAAGGAGCUUGAAGUUUGAGACCUUUUGGACUUGAGGAACCCCCAAUAUGUUGCAGAAUACUCAACUUCAAUUUACAACAACAUGAAAGGUGAAGAAGAUACAUUUUUAAUUGAUAAAGACUUUCUUGUUGAGACUGAAAUUGAAGAAAGACAUAGAAGAAGACUCGUAGAGUGGCUCUCUGAAGUUCAUAAUAAAUUCAGAUUACUUCCAGAGACUUUCUUCAUCACAUGAAAGCUCGUUGACUUGUCUAUACAAAAAUUCGGAGUUAAAUAAGUCCAAUCUCCAACUCUUAUCUCUUGGAGCUCUUUUGAUAUCAACAAAAUAUGAAGAAAUCUAUCCUCCAUCCGUGAGGCAGAUGCUGAAGGUAGCUGCCAACGAGACAAUCAAAAAGGAAGACGUGCUCGAGAUGGAGUAUAAAAUUUUACGAACAUUGGACUUUGGAGUAACAUUCCCAACUCCUCUUAGGUUCCUUGAAAGGCUCAAGAAGCUUGUCAAUGCAGAUGACCACAUUUUCAACCUGGCUCAUUAUAUUGCUCAGUAUUCCUUGCUGUACAUUAAAUUCCAGACUAUCAAGCCUUCGCUAGUGGCCUGUGGAGCAAUUUACUUGGCAAUGAAGAGCAUCAAGGGGAGGGCUCCUUGGAACAUUACCUAUGUGAAAAGCACAGGGUACAAAGAGAAGGCAGUUAGGCAAGUUGCUGAAAGAUUAUGUGAGCUCAUGAAUUCUGCUGAGUCUAAAGCACUCAAGUCGAAAUUCUCCUCCUCCAAACACAUGGAGGUGGCAAAUCUCCCUAUCUCAAUGGGGUAA